CGUUAUUUCCAUUUCAUGCAAAACAGCAAUAAAAGUAUGCUUCGGCCUAUGAAAUGUCAAUAGAUAAUAAAAAUGAAACAAGAAAAAGGCAGAACAUUUAGCAUUAUUUCGAAAGGUGUUAAAUCCACUCGAAGUAAACUGAAACAAACCGCUAUCAGCACUCCCAUCAAAAACGCCCCACUCACCGCAAAAGUUAAUUCCACUUGGAACAAUGUGCUUAACAAAAAUAAGGAUUGCACAAUUGGCAAGAUAUCAGCUCCAAAUAAAUUUGAAAUCGACUUGGCACAGAAUGAUCCAGUGAAUAGUCUGCGGUAUUUUCUAGCCGAGUUAAAAAAUAAAAUUUUCGUUCUGUUACCGGGCAAUCGAGCAGUUAAGAAUAUCAUGGACAAUAUUUUAAAAACAUUUGCGAACAUAGAACAACCUAUUAAAAUUCAAAUCGCUCCUAACAAUCCUAAACCAACGAAAAGCAAAAUUUCACAUCCCCAAUUACCCGCAAUACACACACAAGAUAUGGACGAUGGACUUCGGCAAAAGAUUGACCAAUUAAAUGUUAAUUUAAAGGAAAAGACUGAGGAAAAUUUGAAACUAAGGAAGCAAAAAGAAGAUAUGGAAUCACAGCUGCAUAUUCUGAAAAAUGAAUUGAAUGCAUCCAAAGAGCGAGUUGAACAAUUAGAGAGUACAUUGAACGAGACUGUAAAUACUGAACGAGAAACAAUUGCAAACUAUGAACAGCAAUGCAAACGACUUGAAAACGAAAUUAAAACUUUGCAAGAUAGUGCUAGCCAAUUAGAACAUCUGAAUUCAUCUGCCGAACAGCAAACACAACUGUUGGAUCGAAUGGAAAAGUUCAAGAAUCAAACACAAAUUGCAUUCAGAGAAUUGGAAAAGGAAAAAUUAUUGACAAUUUUAAAGUACGACAAAAACCAAAUGAAUACUACGUACUCUGAAUUCUGCAAAAUAUACGAACUGAUUCAGCAAUACUUCACAUCAGAUCAUAGCCAAGAGCUGCAGAUACUGCUCAAUGCCCAAAUUAAUAGAAAAAAAUGAAAAUAUUUGCAAUGUAACCUACCGCAAACUACUUUUAAGAAUGAUUAAUUGUCCAUAAAUUCCAUUGUAAUUAACUGUUUUGCAUUGUAACACUGCGUAGCAGUAAAGUCAAAUUUUACGUUUAAUUGUUGACCUAAAUAGUCAAUGUAUCUCAGCA